CUCUUCCGAAUGUUAUGUUUACAAAUGUAGUCAUGCUGGUGCGCUAGUUUAAGAAGUAGUUUUAUUUGUUGUUGAACAAGAUUUUCAAAAUAAAUCGUAAUUUUUCCUAUUUAUUUAUUAUUUAAUAAUGUUUCGUACCACUUAUCUGUUGAGCAGAUAUUUAAAAUGUUCUAGACACAGUUGUUUUCGAUUGUUACAUAAAAGUACAUCGCGGACAAAUCUGAAUACAGAGAAUAAUACCACAAAAUUCAAAGAAAAAAUUACGAAUGGUCCAUCUUUAUCAGAUUUUAUAAAUAAAAAUAAUAUUCCGAGUUUGAUUGAUACAAAUAUUGAUAAUCCUCCUUACAUUUCUUCAGAAAAUAAUACUUCGAGGAAAAUUUACAUAGAAACUUAUGGAUGUCAAAUGAAUGUGAGUGAUACAGAAAUCAUUAACUCUAUUCUUAAAAGUGCUGGAUUUGAAAUUAUUCAAGACAUAACUCAAACUGAUGUCAUCCUUAUCAUGACAUGUGCAAUUCGUGAAGGAGCUGAACAGAAGAUCUGGAAUAGGUUAAAGUAUUUUAGAACUCUAAAAAAGAAACAUGACAGGAUUUCACAACAUAAAUUAAAAAUUGGAGUGUUAGGUUGCAUGGCAGAAAGAUUGAGGCAUGAAUUAAUAGAAAAAGAGAAAAUUGUUGACAUUGUUGCAGGACCUGAUAGUUAUAAAGAUCUUCCUAAUUUAUUAUCAUUAGCAGAUGAGGGUCAGAAAGCUGUUAAUGUGAUGCUGUCUAUAGAUGAGACAUAUGCAGAUGUUAUGCCUGUAAGAAUUAAUGAGGAGUCUAAAUCUGCUUUCAUAUCUAUAAUGAGGGGUUGUGAUAAUAUGUGCUCCUAUUGCAUUGUGCCAUUUACCAGAGGAAAAGAACGUAGCAGACCAAUUUCAUCCAUUUUAGAUGAAGUAAAGCACCUUUCUGAUCAAGGAGUGAAAGAAAUCACUUUAUUAGGCCAAAAUGUAAAUAGUUAUAGAGAUCGAACAGCUGGAGUUGAAUCAAAAAUUAUUCUUAGUUCUGGAUUUAAGACAAUUUAUAAAACAAAGAAAGGUGGUCUUUUAUUUGCAGAUUUGUUAGAUAAAGUGUCUGAUGUUAAUCCUGAAAUCAGAAUAAGAUUUACAUCUCCACAUCCAAAAGACUUUCCUGAUGAUGUCCUUCAUGUGAUAAAUGAAAAACCUAACAUUUGUAAAUUGUUACAUCUACCUGCCCAGAGUGGCAAUAGUGAAAUUCUUGAGAAAAUGAGAAGAGGAUACACUAGAGAAGCAUAUCUUGAAUUAGUUAACCAUAUCCGAGAAAUAGUGCCAGGUGUUGCUUUGACAUCUGAUUUUAUAUGUGGUUUCUGUGGUGAAACCGAAGAAGCUCAUCAAGAUACACUUUCUCUAAUGAAUAUUGUGAAAUAUGAGUUUGCCUACAUUUUCCCAUAUAGCAUGCGGCAGAAAACACAAGCACAUCGUAAACUAGAAGAUAAUGUACCAGAAGAAGUAAAGAAAAGAAGAGCAGAUGAAGCAUAUGCUGUUUUCAGAGAAUGUUCUUUAGAGCUACACAAAAAAGAAAUAGGACACUACCAUUUAGUGCAAGUAUUAGGUCCUAGCAAACGUUCAGAAUUAGAUUGGUCUGGAAGAAAUGAUUGGAACACCAAAAUUAUUUAUCCUCAAUUGCCAUUACCAAUUGAGGAAAAUUCUACAAACUACCGUUUACCAUGCCCUGGAGAUUAUAUAGUUGUACAGAUUACUGACUGUACAUCUCAGGUUCUUAAAGGUAAAGCAUUAUAUCAUACAACUCUUCAAGAAUUUUACAAGAAACACUCUGAAGAAAAAUCACUGUACAUAUAGCUAAUGUAAAUAAAAGUUUUUUAAUUCAAAUUUGCAUUAUUACUAUUA